GAGGCGGCGGCCGAGGCGGCGGUGGCGGGAGGAUCGACCGUCGGUCGGCGGCGAGAGUCCUCUCUUAACAGUGACUUCUGAUGUCCCAGCAAAUGGCAUCAUCCACUGCAGUGCUGAGAAGGUACUGCCGAGGACCCAGCAGCGCCACGGCUAAGGCAGACUUGUUUUGAGCUCUUCUGGGGAGGUCCUGAACGGGAGUGAUGCCUCCAGGCAGGUGGUGCACUGUCCAUCCAGCUCAGGCCCAGUCUUCAAGGGAGCGAGGACGCCUACAAAUGGUAAAGAAGGAAGAAGAGGAUGAAGGCUACACUUCGGUGCAGGCUGCCAGGCCACAGACUCUCAAUCGUCCUGGCCAGGAGCUGUUCCGCCAGCUCUUCAGGCAGCUUCGCUACCAUGAGUCUUCUGGGCCCCUAGAAACUCUGAGCCGGCUCCGGGAGCUCUGCCGCUGGUGGCUGAGGCCUGACGUUCUCUCCAAGGCACAGAUCCUGGAGCUGCUGGUGUUAGAGCAGUUCUUGAGCAUCCUGCCUGGGGAACUCCGGACCUGGGUGCAGCUCCAUCACCCUGAAAAUGGUGAGAAGGCUGUGGCCUUGCUGGAGGAGCUGCACAGGGACCUUGAUGUGACACCAUGGAUGGACCCAGGCUCUGCCCAGAGCCCAGAUGUGCACUGGAUGGGUACGGGAGCCCUGCGAUCUGCACAGAUAUGGCCCCCUGCUUCACCUCUCAGGAAUGGCUCUGCCUCGGGGGACCACCUGGAGCCUGUCUGUGAAAUAGGAACACGUGACUUCCUGCCUGGGCAAUCCGAUUCUCCUGCUGUCCAGGUUGUUGCCUUUUCCCAGAGUGAGGGGUGCCCAGAAGACGGGGUAAUGGUAACCACAUCCCUGACAGCCCAGCCCCAGGAGGCUAUGACUUUCAAGGACGUGGAGGUGACCUUCUCCCAGGAUGAGUGGGGAUGGCUGGACUCGGCUCAGAGGAACCUGUACAGGGAUGUGAUGCUGGAGAAUUAUAGGAACAUGGUUUCUCUGGUGGGGCCAUUCACCAAACCUGCUCUGAUCUCCUGGUUGGAAGCAAGGGAGCCGUGGGGCCUGAAUGUCCAAGCAGCUCAGCCUAAGGGGAAUCCAGGUGCUGGCCUUCCAGGUAAGCUCCAGAUUAAAACAAACAAAUUCUUCUUAAAUCCGGAACCUUUGGAAGAAGCAGAAACCCCAGCUGUGCCAUCAGAAUGUUUUGCAACAAGUGUUUCUCAGGGAACAGGGCUCAGCAGAUCUUUUGAACCAAAGAGCAGGUUCAAAGAUCAAUGUGAAAACCCUAUACAAGUGAGAGUUAAGAAAGAAGAGACCAACUUCAGUCACAGGACAGGAAAAGAUUCUGAAGUAUCAGGAAGAAGUAAUAGCCUUGACCUAAAACAUGUUACAUAUUUGAGAGUCUCUGGGAGAAAGCUAUCCCUUAAACAUGGCUAUGGCAGACACUUCAGCAUAAUGAGUUCACACCACUUUGACUACAUAAGAUAUGGGAAGGGGCUCAGAUACUUGAUUGGGGGCUUUAACCUACUUCAGAGAAUUCAUACGGGACUGAAAGGGAACAAAAAGGAUGUGUGUGGAAAAGACUUCAGCCUUAGCUCUCAUCAUCAACAUGGGCAGAGCCUUCCCACAGUGGCGGCGUCAUAUAAGUGCAGUGACUGUGGGAGGAUUUUUAGUCGUAGCUCCCAUCUUGCAUGUCAUCAGAAACUUCAUACUCAAGAGAAAGCAUUUAAAUGUAGGGUGUGUGGGAAAGCCUUCAGGUGGAGCUCCAACUGUGUGCGACAUGAGAAAAUUCACACUGGGGUGAAACCUUAUAAGUGCAGCCUAUGUGAGAAAGCUUUCCGACGUAUGUCAGCCUACCGUCUGCACCAAGAAACCCAUGCUAAGCAGAAAUUUCCUGAAUCAAAUCAGUAUGGGGAAGUGCUCACCUGCAGUUCAGGGUUUGAUCAUUUGAGAGACCAAAGUAAGGAGAAGCUCUUUGACUGCAGCCAGUGCAGGAAAUCUUUCCACUGUAAAGCCUAUGUUCUUGAACAUCAGAGGAUUCACACCCAGGAGAAACCCUAUAAAUGUACCAAAUGUAGGAAAACCUUUAGGUGGAGGUCAAAUUUUACUCGUCAUAUGAGGUCGCACCAGGAGGAAAAAUUUCACAAACAAGAUAAGUGUCAAGAAGAAUUCAGGCAGAGUCCUAACUGCAGUCAGCCCCAGGAUGCCCCCACUGUGGAGCAAACUUUUUUGUGUCAGCACUGUGGCAAAACUUUUACUCGAAAGAAAACCCUCAUUGAUCAUCAGAGAAUGCAUACAGAUAAGAAACCACACCGUUGUGGCGAAUGUGGCAAAGAGUUUAUCUAUAAGUCAGCCUUUAUUGUUCAUAAGAAGAAGCAUGCCAUGAAAAGAAAACCUGAGGGUGAGCCAUCUUUUAAGCAGGACAAAGUGUUCCCAGUUCGUCAGAGCAGUCACACGAAAGAGGAGCUCUACAAAUGUAGCCAGUGUGACAGAGCCUUCCGUAAUCACUCAUUCCUCCUCCUGCAUCAGAGAAUUCACACUGGAGAGAAGCCGUAUAAGUGCAGGGAGUGUGGGAAAGCCUUCAGAUGGAGUUCCAAUCUCUACCGACAUCAGAGGCUUCACUCUUUUCAACAACAGUAUGAGUGUCAUGAAAUUGAAAAGCCUCCAAAUCUGGAGCCGAAAAUCCUCACUGAUGAGAAACCUUUUUGGUGUCAAGAAUGUGGAAAAACCUUUACACGUAAGAGAACUCUUUUAGAUCAUAAGGGAAUACACAGUGGAGAGAAGCGCUAUAAAUGUAAUCUGUGUGGAAAAUCUUAUGAUAGAAAUCAUCGCCUUGUUAAUCAUCAGAGAAUCCACACUAAAGAGAGAACUUUUAAAUGUCAGUGGUGUGAGAAAGACUUUGUUGGGAGACAAACCCUUUGUAAUCAUCAGAGAAAACACACCAGAGUGGCAAAGUCUGAAUGUAGCCUGCCUGGGUUGCUGUCCUGUCAGAACACAGAGUUGAGUUUACAGGAAUUAAAACCAACUGAAGAGAAGCCUGUUGAAGAUUGUGAAAAAGCUUGUGACCGGAGCUCUAGGCUCACUGAACUCCAGAACAUACCCACUGGGAGGAAGUGCCACAAAUGUAGCAUUUGUGGAAAAGCUUUUGGCAAGAGUUCCCAACUCAUUAGCCACAAGAGAUUUCAUACGCGAGAAAGGCCCUUCAAAUGCAGCAAGUGUGGGAAGACCUUCAGGUGGUCCUCAAACUUGGCUCGGCACAUGAAAAGCCAUAUUAGAGAUUAGCCUGGGACCUGACAAUGACAAUGGGGUAAAUGAUUCCUAGCGACACUGCUAGAGAAUGCUUAAUUGUAGGCACCGUGAGGAAAACCUCUAUAAAGGGCCUAGCCCUUUCUAUUUUGGAAACUAGUGACGGAAUCCUGAGGAUUUAAAAGCUCAGGGAGUGCCCAGCCUACCUGAUGGAAAGCGAUACUGGGGGAAAAACAGCAACAUGUUCUUUGGAGCCCUUCUGAAAACCUGGGCCAGUAGGAGUGGCCUUUGCACAGUAGCCUGGGGCACUUCCAGCGAGGUCUCCUACCACACCUCUAAAGAGAGAAACCAUUGCCCUUUGUGGUUGGACAAAAUGUCUGUGGCAUCGUGAGCUGUGGCUGCUGGGAAGGGGCCAGUUGGAUCCUAAUUUUCUCUUUGAGCUUGGCCUGUGAUGGAGCCUAUUCUGUUGACUUUAAAAGUAGCAGCAGUAUUAUCAAGAACUGGUCUUCCCGUUUGCCCCCUGUGGAGUUCUGGCUGGGGCUUCAACCUUCAUAGCUGGCUUUCAUGUCUGCGAGGGGGUUAGAGUUGUCUUCAUGGCAGGUGGAGAACAGAGUGCUGGGCUCUAUCGCUUGGAGCAUGGAGCUCUACUGGUACCCUAUGGCCAUCUCCACCCCACAGGUAUGCACAGGCAGCAGCCGUCCAUCUGUUCAGCAGAAAUGUGCUAAGCACUUCAUGUGUGCCAGAGAACUGACAGUGACCGGAACAGACAAAAACCUUGCCAUCUUGGAUUUUUACAGAUGAUAAACCAAUGGGAUAUAUAGUAUGCUGGAUGCUACUAUGUGUUGUGGACAAAGGAGAGCAGAAGAGACUGGGAGGUGGGUUGUGAUUUUAAAGAGAUUGAUGAAGGAGGGCCUCAACUGAGAAGGUAAAAUUCGAGCAAAGACCUGAAGGAGGUCAGGGAGUGAGCCAUGUAGAUCUUUAAGGAGAGUCACAGGCAGAGGAGGUGGGGUCUUGUUUGGUGUCCUCAGGGAAUAGCAAGGAGGCCCCUGGGAUAGAGUGGAGUGAGCCAACUGGCAGAGGUGGAGAGAGGGUCAGGCUGUGUGAGCAUGGGAGGUCAUCACUGGGGCUUGAGCUGCUUCAGAGGGAGGUAGGGAGCUUCUGGACAGUUUCAAGUAGACAAAUGAUAUGGCCCAAAUCUGAAUUAUAUUUUACAAGAGUUAAACACAGACCCAAGGACAGUAAAAUAGUAUGGCUGAUUUUUGCAUAGUUAUCUUUGCUGCCAGUUUCCAUGAAUGCGACCCUCCCCUGUACCCCAUUCUGAAUUUCCUGUAAGGUCUUCCGCCCUCAGCAGAUGUAAACACUUACCAUCACUGUGUUUACAUCUCUCGCCUCUGCACACUGCAGGCAGCCUCUCACCUUCAUAUAGCCCUCUCCGUGUGUGGGGAACCGGCAUGAGGUUCAACCCAAAGGUGCCAGUGCCUGGUGGUGGUGGUGGGGGACCCCCCUCAGGUCAUGGGACCCUGGAGUCAUUAGGUCUGAGUUCUAGGCUCGGUGUGCCUUGGACUGGCAGGAUGAUCUAGGGCAAGUCACUGGACGUCUGCAUCAGUUUCCUUGGGUGUGAACUUAGAGUACCUGGCUGUGUUGCCUGACUCCUGGGCUUGGUGAAAGAGGGCUUGGUUUACUAAGACUCUGGGUUAGAUGGUUGACCUCUAGGUCCAGGGCCCUCACAGAGGCCAGUUGGUGCUACAACCACGGAAACCCUUUUCUGUCCACAUUUUCAUCCCCAUAUUCCCCGUGCCACCUGGCACCUUGUAAAGUUCCUGCCCCAAUAGGGAUUUUUUUUCCCCCCUGACCAUAUCCUACAUGAAGUAGGAGAGUUAUUUACUGCCAUUUUUAUAGAAUGAGAUAUACUUAUUUUAAACAUUCCAACCAAAUUUUAAAAUAUAUAAAGAAUGAAAUAAAAAAUAGAAAUCCUUCUAUACCGAAGCCGUUAAUAUUUUGAGAUUAUAGUGAUGCAGUCUGUUUAAUAACCUGAGUUUUCAAAUCUUAGUUCUAUAAGUAAUAGGUGAUUAUCAUAGAAAUAUUAGUAAAUACAGAUUAGGUAAAAGGAAGAAAAGGUCAAAGUCUGACUGCUCGUGCUAACUGCUAAACAUUUUGGUGUAAUCAGUAUUAGAUUUGACUUCAUUGCAUGCACCUCCCUGGACACCCCUGGACUGUCCUGCCUCCCUUCACCUGGAGUGCCACACUUCUGUCUCUGCUGCUACGGGUCAUCUGUCUUCAAGGCUUGACCUUGUCUGGCCCUCAUCCCUCUAAGCCCCUUUUCCCCUGGCCCCACCUCUCCUGUUGCCUGUAUCUGGCUGUUAGGUGUUGUCUGGGCUUCUCGUUAUGCCCAUCACUGCAGCCAGACCAAGUGCUCUGGAGGCCAGGGUUGGGUGCUUAUUUAUCUGUUUGCCAUGCAGAGGAGAUUUUGCACAAAAUUACUUGUUAUGGAAUCUAGAACCAAAUUUAAUUCAGCUAAGUCAGGGUUGGGGUUUUUUAAAGUGGCACUUGAGUAAAAUGUUGCCUGGAAGCCACCCCACAAGCACACACCUUCUGGUUCAGGACCCGGCGGUAGACGGUUCUGUGUGGCUCCGGUUGACGGUUUCUGAUGGCCCCAGGCACCAGUUCUCAUCUUGUAAUCCAGCCUGGCCUGGAGAACAUGCAGGCUUCUUCCUGCCCUGCCCGCCCACCUUCACGCCCUUGGAGGAACUCAAGUUGGGGUUGGAGAGCCCCAGAUGGGCUGGGACAAUCAGAUGGUGGAGUAGGUAUCAGAAGGUCUUUCUGUCACCUGUUCAGCGUGGUCAGCCCCGCCCUUGCUGACAGAUACUGUCCGAGCAGACAGAGGCAUGUACAGAGAAGAAGGCGUGGGAGAUGCAAAGCAGUGCAGACCAUCUCACACUCAGCAAGUUGGCAAAUAUUUGAAAGCCCAAGUGUGGGUAAGUAUGUGAAACAACAGGAAUUCACACUGCUUUGGGGGUGGAAAUUGUGACAAAUACCGUGCCAAGCAAUUUGCAAAAUCUUGUAAAGUUGUGUGUUGUGUACUUUACUACCCAGCAGCUCCACUCCUAGAUAUGUCCUAAAGGAGCUGCAUGUGAACAAAGAAAUGAGUUUAAGACUGUUCAUUGCAGUAUUGUCUUGGUAGCAAGACUGGGAAAAGCCUGCAUUUUAUCAACAGAAGAACAGAUAAAUAAAUGGGUGGUUUUGGG